CCGGGGCACUUAAUGGCAUCGGGCGAGCGGUUGGCGCCGGUCACAAACUCUACUGCCCUCAUCUAGUCGCUGCGGUCGGGUCCGCUUGUGUGCGUGUUGUGGUGUGUGCGCGCGUGUGUGAAGCCAUGUCGCAGACGGAGAUAAUGUCCCAGGAGGUCUUCCAGCGUGCCGUCAAGAAGGGCGACGCCAGCGAGCUGAAGCGGCUGCUGCAGCGCUGGGAGGGCUCGCUCAACGUCAACCUGUACGACCACGAGGGCCAGACGGCGCUUCACAAGAGCGUCAUGGAGGGCAACCUCGAACUCGUCAAGCUGCUCGUCAAGUUCGGCGCCGACACGCGGCUGGCCAACAGGGACGGCUGGUCGGCGAUCCACAUCGCCGCCUACGGCGGACACCAGGACAUUGCGCUCUAUCUCAUCUCGAACAGUGGACCCCGUCGGUAGCGUGUGGUGGCCCUCCCUGCUGGGACAGUGUGCGCGAUGCUCCUGCGCUGGACCAAUCAAAUCUCAGGAACAGACUCCCGACGACGCCCCGUCUCUUCUCAGCCCGCCGGCGUGCUCGCGCCGUGCGCAAGACCCGGACUCGGCGCAGACAAGGUACCAACCACACCGAACCAAAGCAUGCCACGAUGACCCACCUCACCAUCAUGGCACGUUUUGCAGAGCAGAAGUCGCUCUCUUAUGGCAGUCUGUACAUACGCGAACGUUUUUUUGUGUAUGGCUACAUUUCCAAAGGCUGUAGCGAACAAGUUCCUCCUUUGUAUUGACUAGUAAUGCCGGUUUAGUUAUGUCACAGAAUAUUGUUGCUUUGUUAUUCUUUUUUUUAUUAUUAUUAUUUCCACGAGACAAUCCUGGUCGCAGGGCAGCAAGUAGGCGCAGACCAGGCGUGCGCGCGACCGCCUCCUCUCCGCUCCAGACCUGUCUAAUCUCAUUCUCAGCAUAGCGAUGCUAUCGGCGGAUCUCCCGUAGGCCCUCCUCCCCUGCUCGUAUUUCGCUUCUCUUGCAGCGCCGGCUCCAUUGUAAGCGGCGCUGGCUGCGAAGCGAAAACCGGACUAGACCGGACCGCGCGCGCAGCUCUCCUCCUCCUCUGAGAGACGCGCGCGCAGCACUGCUCACCUCAGGGUCACCUUUCGCAUCCCGUAAGGUGUCGCGCCUCGCUUGGCUGCUCGCGCUUGGUGCAAAAAAAAAAAAAAAAAAAAGCGUUCGAUGGAGGUGCCGGCUCCCGGUCGGCGCCUUCACCAACCUUUUGUCACCUCCGCGUAAUUCUCCUUCAAGUUUUGGCACCUUGCUCGGUGCGAGUCCAUGCUCGUUUAACAAAUGUGAUCGCCGGGAACAUUUGCAAAGUUAUCGCACGCUUUUGUAAACAUUAUCCAGACCACUGGUGGUCCAUUGCGCGUUCGGUGAAGUUGGUGGGUCCCUGCGGUAGCUCGAUAAUUUGAUGGACGGAUGCAUCUUGGGUCGUGAGCAACGUCCGCAGGAUGCUUCCAGCAAACCUGUUUUUGCUGUCCAGCAAGACAUGGUUUGCUGGCUGCAGCUAUGGGUGCGCGAAGGGGCAGAGCUCUGUUCGGGAAAAAACAGGAGUCGUCUUUUCCAGCGCUUAUUAGGGCCUAUUUGGUUGGCAUGGCAUCUUAACAACGCCAUAACCACCUGUAGUCCCCAUGCCUAGGAGCCCCUCAACCUAAACCUCUUAAAUUGUUUUUGGUAUAUAGUCAAGACUUUGCUUUGCAAUUAUGUCAUUUUACGUCCAUUAAUCAAGAAUGCAGCAACCUAUGCUGCUCCUUUAGCGCGAUUCGUCGCAUCUACUACUAGUAGUCAUUUGAGUCUCUUAAUACGCUGCGCCAAAAACAUCAUGGCUGCCGUUAACUCGCGGUUCUCCCACCGCGUGGACUCUUGUCGGCCUGUCAUUUGCAGGUCUCGCUUACUUUUUCGUAGUGUUUUCUGUUUUUUCCAUGCUGUCUGUCUACUUGUUCUAGAGCUGGUCUUGUCGCUACUCAUCGCGGUCACCAAACAAGUCGUUUUGUGAUCGCGACGAGUGCUAUUCUGUCUCUCGUCUUUAUUCCUGUUUUGACUGCGCUCUCGCGUUACGGAAACCCUACAGGUGUUCCUUGAGCUGCUACACACGCACAUUGAAGCGGCUCUCGUUACUAAGAAAAAAAAAAAGAACGAGCGAUGAUCCGCCCAAUUUUGUCCUGUAGGGAAUGUCGGGAAGGUCUUGCCACCGCGGAGAGAACGCGCGCAAGUGAACUCGCCACCAGCCGGGUUUUUUUUCCCCCCUUGUCUCCCGGCUUUCAGAUUGCUCGCUGCAACCAUUCGGCGCAGUUACAUGCUGGACACAGAAGUACGGGUUGCGCUACGCUUCGGCCCUUCGCAGCUCGCCGUCCACACAGGAUCUGCGGCUGUGCGAACGUGGUACGAGCGAAGAAAGCAGCGCCGCGUUUUUCCGUAGCGAUGGGAGCGUGUAGCCCCGUAUACCACCACCGCCAGCCUUUUUCUAUACAACUCCGCAGGGCGCGAACACAACCGAGCCAUGCCGAUCAUUCCCUCACGCUUUUUUAUUAUUAUUAUUUGUUUUUCGCCCGUGUGUGUAUUUUAUUAUUAUCCUCCCUUUUGGCCGCGCGCGCGGCGGGAAAACGAUUUGGCGCGUCAUUAGCGAGCGCCCACACGGGACCGGCCGGUGGCCGUUUUCUCUUCUUUCUCACGGCCUCUCUCGAAAUCGCGCCGAUGUCCUCGUUCCGAAGGAAAUGCGCGCAGCCACAGCGGCUAUAUGUCUGUGGUAUAGGUGCGCGAGCCGUGUGUGUGUGUGUGUGUGUGUGUGUGUGUGUGUGUGUGUGUGUGUGUGUGUGUGUGUGUGUGUGUGUGUGUGUGUGUGUGUGUGUGUGUGUGUGUGUCGCCCGGGCGAUUUCCUUCCCUGUACUUUUCUUCGUGCAAUCCAUCGGUGCUCGGAAGACUUUUAAUGCGAGAUGGCAAUCGGCCAGUGCCUUGACGGGGCUGUUCCGCGCGCUCACCGGGGAGGAGGGGUGCCCUUCCUUCCUAUUCCACUCCUACCGCCAAGGACGCCGGUGCUAUUCGCGUGCACAAUGGGUCGUGGCCGCUCCUCGAGCGUAUGUCGCCGCUGUCAGGAACAGGGUCCUCAAUAGCGGGCGCGCUAGGGGCGCGGCCGGGAUCGCGGGCACGUUGCUUGACCCGCGCAGUCUCUCUUACUUUCUCGAGGGGGAGCUCACUGAAAAGUAGAGCGCUCGGGCCCCACACUCGGUGUCUGGACCAGUGGUGUAGCCGAGGGGCGGGACCACGUGGGGCCGGAAAUGACGAGACCGACCCUGUACUUGUACGCAGCCAUAUAUUUCUUCUCCAAUAUUUCACGGCCCUCCCACCCAAAGAAACGAACUGUAUACCUCACCCCCCGCCCCAGAUUCUUCGCUUUGUAAACGAAGAAUAUUAUUCGCGUCUACACCACUGGCCUCGUUGUUCUGUGUAACCACCGGUGUCUGCGCGGCCUGCGGACAGAAAAAGAAAUUUACACCGACUCAGGCCAGCUAGAAAUGAUGUCCACAAGUUCCUUCCGUAGUAUUCUCGAUCACGGCGAGCGAUGUGUCGGCUCUCGCCAGUGUGCUCGGUGCUCCCACUGGGAACGAGCUUGAAAAGGUGUUUCGCGUGAAACUAUGGAGCAUGGGCUGUCACAUCGGCAAUGUUUGUCUCUGUGCUUUUUUUUUAUUAUUUGUCUGUACUUUGGAGAGAAUCGCUUGUGUACGUUGGUUUCAACAAAGAAGGAAGCGUACACACACCUUUUUGUUCAUAUCGAAUAUUGUUAACCAAGAAUGUCACCAUGCGUCUGUGCAAGCUGUGAAGAAAAAGUAUGUGCUCAUGUUGCCCAGUAUUUUUUUUUUUCAUGACUGCCAGGCAAUGUCACAUUUCUGUACAGCUUUUUCCUUUAUUUUGUCCACGCUAAACGUGGCGUGUAUGUAUGUGUGUACAAACAGAAUGAAUGACUGAGCGACA